AUGGCGCCGGCGGCGCGCGCGGGCGUCGCGCGCGUCACCGAGCGCCUCCUUCAGCUCGCCGUCGACGCGGACGAGCCGCCGUCGACGCGCGAUGCCGCGAACGGCGACGUCGGCGAGCGCGACGACGUCGGCGGUCACGGCGAACGCCAUCGCGAACGCGAUCGCGAUCGCGCGACGACGAGGGACGUCGACCCGGCCGUCGCGGUCGACGCCUUGCGCGCCGCGUACGUCCCCGGAGGCACGUCGUUCUCGGACGUCCGCGACGCGUUCGUGGCGCUGCUGCCGAGCGUGACGAACGCCGCCGCGUUCGUCGUGGCGUGCGCGGAGUCGCUCGCGAGGAGGACGCCCGUCGCGUCGUCGUCGUCGUCGUCGUCGUCGCCUCUCACGCAGAUGAUGCUCUCGGCGCUGUCCACCUUCGCGACGCCGGCUCCGCGCGCCGCGUUCGCGACGACGGACGCGAACGCGACGCGCGUGGCGUGCCCGCGCGCGAGAGCGCGCGCGGCGAGGCUCGUGAUGCGCGUCGUGCGCGCGGAUAUGCGACGCGAACGCGUCACUGGCGGAGGGGAGACGACGGAGGACGCGAUCGCGGUCGACGACGAUUUCGACGACGAAUUAUUAAAUCUCUCGAUGGAACCCCGCGCCGUCGCGAGGCUCGUCGCGGUCGUCGGCCUCGAUCUUCCCGACCUAGUAGACGCGCGCUGCCGGACGCGCGACGACGACGACGACGACGACGACGACGCUGCUGACAUGGCGCUGACGUGGUACGUCGGACGAAAUGUCGGACACAUGUCCGACGCGUCGCGCGUCGCCGCCGCCGUCUCCCUCGUCAAACACUUCAACCUCGUCGCGUUCGCGACCCCCGCCGCGCUGGCGUCGCUCGUGCGCGCGGGGCACGACGUCCUCGCGGACGCGCUCGCGGGCUGUCUCGAUCGCGCGGCGAGGGAGGCGUACGCGAGGGCGCACGCGGGCGUGGGGACGCGCGCGGAGUGGAAGCGGUUGGCGCGGCUGGGGCUGCCGGCGACGACGACGAAGGCGCGGUCCCUCGCUUUCGAUCCCGACACACCGCGCACCGCGACGCCUUGCGACUCCGCUUCUGACGCCUUUCGACGCCUCCCCGACGUUCGCUCGUACGGACCCUCGAAUUACCCAAAGGCGGGCGGCGCAGACGUCGAGCGGCGGCUCCGCGCGCUCGCGCGCGAGGGGCGAUGGGACGUCGCGAACGCUCUCGCGGGUGAAGACGCGGCAUCGAUCGCGUUGAUGAAGACGUUGACCGCGGAGGAGGACGCGAUGAAGAAGACGCGAUCGGAUCUGCCGCCGGCGCCGGCGCCGGCGCCGGCGCCGGCGAACGACGACGGCGACGGCGACGCGCGGUUCUUAUCGCUGGACAUCCCGCCCGCGUCGAUCCUUCUCGUGGACGCGGUCGAGACGCUCGACCGCGCGAUCGACGCUCUGAAAGACGACGUGGUGAUCGGUUUGGACACGGAGUGGAAGCCGGACCCGCCGAGCGCGCCGCGCGGGCGGCGGCGGGCGAAAUGGCAGCCGCGAAACGCCGGGAAGAAGACGGAACGUCCACCGCCGCGGAACCCCACCGCGCUCGUGCAGCUCGCGGGCGAGCGCGGCGUCGUCCUCGUGGACAUGCUCGCGCUGAGGUCGAGCUCGGUCGAGGUCGCGGCGGCUCUGCGCGCGAUCCUCACGGCGCCGCGGAUCCGGACCGCCGCCGGCGCGUCGGAGAGAGAGUUAGAACGACACUUAAUAAAAACGCCGCCGACGGUGGUCGGGUGGGGCCUCCGCGACGACCUGUCGCGGCUCGCGGCGUCGUACCCCGGCCCCAUCGCGGACGCCGUCCGCGACGUCGCGUCCGCGCUGUGCCUCCAGGAGCUCAGCGGCCCGAGAGGCCACCGACCGGGGCUCUCCGCCGCGUGCGAGGCGUGGCUCGGGAGAGGGUUGGACAAAUCGCAGACGACGAGCGAUUGGUCGCGGCGGCCGCUGACUGCGGCGCAGCUCGCGUACGCCGCGCAAGACGCGCGCGUGUGCGUGCGUUUGCUGAGAGAGGCGCACGGCGGGUCCGCGGCGGGAGCGGUGCCCGCGGCGGCGUUCUUAGGAGUUUUUCUUCAGAGUGGAUCGACCGCCGCGGAGAAGCGCGACCUCGAGGACGCGAGAGAGAACGAAGACGAAGAGAACGAAGACGAAGAGGAAGAAGACGACGCUCGCGCGUCGACGCCGCUGCCCCCCUCCGUCGUCGCGGCCGCGCUGCGGGAUCGCCUCCCGAGCGCGGGCGGCGACCCCACGAUCAUCGAGCUCCCGCGCGACACCGGCCCGAGCGCGUCGGACGUCGCGCGCGCGCUCGGGGACGGCGUCGCCGCCGCCGCGGUGCUCAAGACGGUCGCGCUGGUGAUCCGCGGAGGAGGAGGCUCCGCCGCGUCCGCGCCUGAUGUGACGAAAGCCAAAACGCCGGACGCGCUCUCGCCGUGCGUGCUUCUCCUCCGCGGCGUGGAUAAGGUCGAUUUGCACUUGACCGCGGCGCACUUUAACGUCGCGCGACGGCGCGUGCGGCUCGCGACGGCGAAAGAAUGCGUCGAGAUGUUUGGAUACCCGCCCGGGAGCGUUCCGCCGCUGGGCCAUCGGCGAGCGACGCCGACGGUGAUGGACGCGAGGGCGAGGGGGUUUCGAGGCGGCGCGAUGUAUCCCGGCGCCGGCGCCGCGAAUUUGGUCUUCAAGGCGCUUCCCGCGGUGAUCGAGCGCGUCGCCGCCGCGGUCGUCGCGCCGGUCGCGGUCGGAAGCAGAGCCGAGGACGCCGGCGCGACGCCCGCGUCCGCCGGCGACGGCGCCGUCGGUCGUCGUCACAAAUUCGUCGCCGACGGCGCGCUCGGCCGCCUCGCGCGAUGGCUCCGAUGCUUGGGCGUCGACGCCGAGCACGUCCCCUCGGGCGUCGCGAACGAGCACGGCGCUCUGCUCGCGCUCGCGCGAGUUGACGACCGCGUGAUUCUCACGAGAGACCGACGGUUGGCGGCGCGAAGAGACGCGUCGGCGUCGUUUCUCGUCGACGCCGACGAUCCGCGGCGACAGCUCGCGAUCGUCUCCGAUCACUUCGGUCUGACGUUCGAACGAUCGAGGCUGCUGUCUCGAUGCGCCAAGUGCAACGGCGAGGUAUCGCGGCGGUGCACGGAGGAGGAGGUGGACGCCGCGGUGGCGUCCGGGGAGGUUCCGAGGGGCGUCAGGGAAGCCACGGAGGACUACUGGCGCUGCGGGCGGUGCGAAAAGAUUUACUGGGUCGGUCCUAAGUCGCACCUCGCGAUGCGGUUCAUACGCUGCACGGUCGCGCCGCUCGUGAAGAACGGCGGCGACGCGGGGCUUGAAGGCGAAGAUGCCGAGGAGGAGGAGGAGGAGGAGGAGGAGGAGGAGGAGGAGGAGGAGGAGGAGGAGGAGGAGGAGGAGGAGGAGGAGGAGGAGGAGGAGGAGGAGGAGGAGGAGGAGGAGGAGGAGGAGGAGGAGGAGGAGGAGGGCGAAUACGUCGAAGGAGGCUGA